GCGGCUUGCGUCUCAGUGCCUGCUCCUCCCGUGCGUAAGAGCGCACCGAUGGACGUGUAAAGUGGUGCACUCUUGAUGAAAACGAAUGCAAACAAUGCCUCUCUGGAAAGACGCGUAGGUUGCGCAGCCGAGAGCGCGAGUUGGAGAGCCGUUACUUGGAGAUCUAUUUUAGUCUGAGUGAUUUUUAUUUCUUUCUUCAUACAUUUUUUUUGUUUGUUUUUGUACGGGGAUGGUGAUAUGUUAGUUAAGAUCUUCAUCGGCGCGCAUGACGGCGCUAUUUGGAUGUAUGUUUCUGGACUUUUCAGCGUAUCAUGACCGUGCGCCUUUUUCCAUCUCCCCAAGUCUUUUCGUCUCUGCGUGAAGUUGAACGGAGGAGAAGGCGCGAUGAGGGGGAAAGUCUUUCUCCUCGGCUUGUUGUUGCUCAAACUUAUGGCUCUGGUGUGCAAGGCCGACGGGGAGCCGGGGCUGCUCGGGGGCUUCGUCAUGAUCGCCACCUCCAACGGUACUCGCGAGGAGGACAGCGUGUCCGAGGAGACGCCGCACACCGAGGACAGGUGCCGGGGCUAUUACGACGUGAUGGGACAGUGGGACCCGCCGUUCAUCUGCAAGACGGGCAACUAUCUGUACUGCUGCGGCACCUGUGGCUUCCGCUUCUGCUGCUCCUACAAACACUCGCGCCUGGACCAGAGCACCUGUAAGAACUACGACACGCCGGUGUGGAUGAAGACCGGCCAGACCCCUUACAAAAAAUCGAACAAGCUGCACGACAGCACCAAAGACAAGACGAACUUAAUCGUCUACAUCAUAUGUGGAGUAGUGGCCAUUAUGGCUCUGGUGGGGAUUUUCACCAAAUUGGGGCUGGAAAAGGCGCACCGGCCCCAGAGAGAAAACAUGUACAGGGCCGUUGCCGGUGUGCUGCAGGGCGGGUGUCCAGGUGAGCCGUAUCGAGGAGAGGAGGCCCUUGGGAUGCAUUCGCAGCACUACGUCUCCAGGACCAUAAACCUCCAGGGGGGUCAGAUCAACAACAACGUGGGCCAGGGCUCUAACAUGGGUCAGCAGCACCCGUACCCCGCCCUGAGCCAGUUCGCUCACGCCUACGAGCAGCAGCAGCAGCAACAGCAGCAGCAACAACAGCAGCAGCAACAGCAGCAGCAGCAGCAGCAGCAGCAGCAGCAGCAGCAGAAUAAAGAUUUCAACAAAUACGCCUCCCUGAAGGCUGUGGCUGCCAAGUACAACGGAGAACUCUACACCAAGCGUCGACUGAUGGUGGAGCUGCCAUCGAAGGGCGGCCUUCCUCUCCAGCCGAUGGGCAAUUCCAGACCCUCCAUGGGCAACAUGUCAUCGAUGACUCCUCCGAUGACCAACAAUCCUAUGGCUUCGAAUCCAAUGGCCUCCAAUUCCAUGAACCCCAACAUCACCCAGAUGACUUCAAUGAACCCAAUGACGUCUAUGACACCCAUGACCUCAAUGACACACAUGACAUCCCUCACUCCGAUGUCCUCCAUGACCCCUAUGACUUCUCUGGGUCCACUGACUCCAGAGCCCGUGGCCACCUAUGUCACAGAGAUGCCCAGUAUCUCCUCUGGGUCGACCCUCCCGUCAGAGCGACACAUAGCAGGGGGAGGAGGUGGGGUACUUAAGUCAAAUGGCCACAAACUCAAAGGCAGUCAUGGCCACGCUGCCCACAGCUCUCACAGCUCUCACAGCUCCCACCCGCAUGCUCACAGCCAUAGUAGCAAGCCGCCAGGACACGGGGCUACCUCCCUGGCACACAUGGUGGGGACCAUGCCAGGUGGCCUGUCCCUAGGCAUGUCCAGGCCCGCUGAGACCAACAUUGGCUCCAGCUCGGCUACAAUGGGCCGCCCAUUGGCAUACAGUUCCAACACAAUUGCGACUGGGCAUGGGAUGGGGCUGAAGGGCUGGGACGGGACUGAGACAGUGGGGCGCAGGAAGACCUACGGGCACAAGAGGCCUCAGUGUACCGUUCUGGAGCCGAACCAGCUCCAUGGCAGCAGAGGCCAAAGCCACAGCCAACACUUCCUCCCCACGCAGCCCUACUUUGUGACCAACAGCAAGACAGAGGUGACUGUGUGAAUGAGGAGGGAAAGGGAGAAAAAGAAGGGUAAAUGGAUGCCUACUGAGUGGUGGCACAGGUAAUCUCUACGUGGAGACACCAAUUCCGGGGGUGGUCAAAAGGUGCAAAUCUGUGUGUGUAUGUUUGUGUCAAGAAGUUAAGGCUUCUCGGUUUGCUGGUGAAUGCGGUGGGAAAGUUACACUGUGUCCGAGUGUUCCUCAUUUCACAAACGGAGAGUUCACGAAUCAAAUCACUGAACAGACCUUUGUUGUCAAGAGGAUGGCAUAAAAGCAGGGGACGUCUAUAACCAUAACAAAUAGCCUACAGAGCUGGGAUGUAUGUACACUCGAGUGUUGUUUCACUGAUAAUAUCUACCCUGUAACGAUAACAAUAUCUGAGCAUUUCAGAUCACACACGGACAAUGAAGUGGGAAACUGCUAGUAAGAUGGAUUGGCUUCACUGUAGGAACCCAACCUGAGAAGCAAUAUAAAGGAUUAAUGUACACAAUGAAACAUCUUGGUAAGAAGAAAUACAACUUUACCCACAAACCUGGCCACAAGUGUUCUGCUCAUCUGUCCAACAAAGUGUGGAAUGGUUUGGAAGAAAUAACAUUCCCUCACGAUUCAGCCCCAAAUCUACUGAGGGCUUAGAAACAGACGACGAGGACACUGGGCUUUGCAGACAUGCAGGGCUUUCCAGUCUGGCUCUUCAGAAACACCCUCAUAAGCUCUGCAGCUGAAGGUCGCCCUUUUCCAUGAGGCUCCAGCACAGAGAAUGGACGCUGUCGCACUGGCAUUGUGCUGCUCUGAUCUCGUCUGUGGUGGUGACAGCUGGCCGCGAGGAGGGAAAAGGUGGCAGGGAGGCAGCAACUGGACGAGGCUGCUGCGAGCAGAGACUCCUCAGAGCUUUGUUCUCAUACACACGCACACACACACAAAUGCACAUAUUCAGAAACAUGCACAGAAAAACUUCUAAACACACAGAUAUAUUUACUGUAGCAACAAAACACACCAGGGUUUGACAGAUAUGGGUUUGUUGAAGAGUGAUUCCAGUCAUUUUGGAUUUUAGUUGCCAAAUGGUUGCUUAUUUAUUUAAUUUGGGUGUAUUUAUCAUCUAUAUUUUUGUGGUUCGAAUCCUAACAUUCAUGUUUACCCACAAUCGUAUUCUUGUCAGUGAAUUGAGACCAUUGCAGUGUUCAAGAAAUCUCUAAUAAGACUACUCAGCUGAGUCAAAGUGACAAGCAAUUAACAUAAAUUAUACCUUUAAAAACUACUGAACAAUUUACAUAGAUAAAGAAAAGGUUUGACGUUCUGGGAAAUAUGCCAAUCGGAUUCCUAGCCAAGAAUAGAAGAGAGGAAUGAUACCUUUCUCAUAUCUCUACAAUAACAAGCAACAGCUAGCGGCCAGUUAGCUUAGAGAAGCACAAAGACUGAACAGUGGGAUCUGGCUAGUCCAUAUUCAGUGGUAUCAAAUUUCAUAUACCACCACUUCUAAAGCAAACUUAGACUUAAAUUUGUUUUAAAAAGUACAUGCUAUGGAGGGUAGUAGACUUUGUGAAUUCCUGUAGUCUAAUCACAGUGAAGUUGUCAGGUAACAAAAUGUUGAGAAAUUCCUAUAAAAUGAUUUACAAACAAAUGAAAUGUGCAAAAUAUAAAGCAAAAUUAUCCAUUUGAUUAAAUAGCCAUUUGUUUUAUGUAUAUAUCACUAACACAAGUAUAAAAAAAGGGUCAAAAUAAAAUAUUUAUUCAAGUGGACCAAAUGUCAGGUUUGGCUUCUGAACAUUUUAGAUUUUUAGAUUUUUUAAUCUUCAUAGAAAGUUGUACAAAGGCAAGGAACUGCGGUGAAAAAUGGGUAUAAUGGGAAUAAUAAUAAUAAAAAAAACACAUCCUUUGCUGGUGAUAAAAGACACCGCCACAAAAAACUAGGCUUAAUUAGAUCACCUGCUUUGCUCGAGCUCUUGCUAAGAAAGAAAGAAAAACAUCACAACCAGCAGAAAAAAAGACAAAUCUGGGUUACAUGACUCACACAUGAAAAUAAAUCCUUAAGUCUAACAAAUAGGCCAAAUCUUCUCACAGAUUCUCCGAGCCCAUUUGCUAGUUUUGUAAUGAUGUGGUACUUAUUAGCAGCUGCAGCCACUGUUAUCAUUGUAACCUUGUUAUCUAAAGUGCUGCGUCCACCUCUAAGACCCUCUUUGCACUCGCGAUUAAGAUGCAUUUUCAAGUGAUCAGACUGAAGUCAGACAGUGCUUAGCCACGUUAGAGUUAAAACACGAAUAUGUCCAGUACGCGCUGUGGAAGGAUUAUGAUUUGAUCGCUAAAACCAUCUCUGGGAGUGAUCAGAGCAGUGUUCAGCCGAAGAGCUAACAAGGCGACGGGCUGCUAUGACAAUAUCACACUCUAAAAUACAUUUGUUGAUAGACAGCAACCUAAAAAAAAAAAAAUGGUGUUAACUUUCCAUUUUUAAUGUCUGUAAAUAAAAGAGGAAGAGGUGCACGUGCCUGCCUGGUGUGAUACCAAGACAUUGGAUUUCAAUGUGACACAUGAAACAACUCGUCCAGCUGAGCGCGGGGUCUACCGGGGGGGAAUGUGUUUACCUCCUGCUGUGGAACCACUGCUGCCUCGGGGGUCACCUGACUGGAAACCUGAGACCAAAAUUGGAUCCGCGGAACAGGAUUGAAGAAGUCAUCAGUGCAUUGAAAUGUGUCACUUAUGCAUACACAUCACACACACACACACACACAAACACAGGUAUACACACAGAGAUUUACAGGGUGGACUCUGCUCUCCCUGUGCUCCCACAGUGCCGAGCGACAGGCGUUGUCACAGCGGAGAGACAAAGAGUCACCGCUACUGCGUCUAUUGUACAUGAAAGACUGUGAAACUCCAGACCUUGGCCCUUUGUAGCGAUAACUGACAUUAUGCUUUUUAUAUAUAUAAAUAUACAUAGCCUUUCUCGCUUUAUCUUUUUCUUUUCAUGCUUUCUUUCUUCCUCCCUUCUUCUCUUCUUUGCUCCCACCCAUGUCUGUCUUCAAUCGAAGACAUUCAGAGCAGAAAUAUCGAAGGGAAACUAAAUCUGGGCUGUUAUGAAGCUUUUCUGUGAUAGUAGAGUACAGUCAUGAUGAGCCAGUGAGUUAUAAUAAUAAUUCAGCCCCACCUUGAAAGGCAUGAUUGUUUUUUUCCCAUUGUUCUAGCAGGAAAUAUAAUUGAUUGAUUCUGUGUGCCAAAAGAAAGUAAUCCAGUUUGCAGUUUUGUACCACUGUGUGUGCUCUUGAACACUGCGCACAUUUCACCCGUUAUAAAUUGUGUAUGUACGUAUGUGUGUUUGUGUGUGUGUGUGUGUGUGUGUGUGUGUGUGUGUGUGUGUGUUUGUGUGUGUGUGUGCAGAUCCUACUUAAGUAAAGAAUGAUUGUCUCUGAAGAAGUCAAAAAUCAAACAAACCAGAAAAACUUUAUCCAUAUAGAUUAAAAUCCUAUAAACCUGCCAUUCUUGACAAUGAUAAUUCUUGUGUUUUUUUUUCCUCAGUGUAUUUUUUCCUUAUUUUCUUGACAGCUGGUGGUUUUGUUUUCGACAGAGUUUGAGAAGCAGGUCAAUGUUUGCCUGGGAUGUCAAUUAUCAAACCCAAUUGACUUAAUCCAGCAAGGCGGAAAUGUGGAAACAUGAACCCUGCUAGCUACCCCAUACUGCCCCAUCCUUAAAGCCCAUUCAGCUGCGCAAAGGCAGGCACUGGAACAAUAGGUGAGCAGGCAGGCCAGGGGAAACAGUUGGUAAACAAAAAAAAAAAGGGAAAACUAAUCCCUCUAGGUAACAGCCCAAAAAAAACAGAUAGAGAGCGGGGAAUUGGUUGCGCCGGCUGGGUCACGGUUGAUGGGGUCAGAGGCACAGACGCGUGGGUUCAGGAGGCAGUCAUGUCUGACAUUUUUCAUCAGACGAGUCGGCCAGGCUAAAAAAAAAUGCGGCAGGGGAAACAAAAGGACACAGGUUGUCUGCAGGCCUCGACACCACGAGUGACAGAGCAUGAAGAAGAUGAUCAAAGACUGUUUCGUGUUCAUCGUUUACUAAUAAGAUACAGAUUUUCUGAAUAUGUGAAAUGAUAAUUUCACAUAAUUGAUGACCUAAUGUAGUAUCUGAAGCUAUUGUCAGCACCGGCCCCACAGACUAAGAAAAAGAGAGCAAGUGUAUCCUCUGGGUGCACGUUUGUAGUUUGAAAUACAGUUUUAUAGCUGAGAGAUGGUUGCUUUCCAUUGACUUGUUUACCUUACUUUAGAAAAACCAACCAGCUUCACCUCCUGAGGGGAUCUCCUCCCUCUUUGUGCUGGAGUUUGACCUUUACAGUUGUUUAUGGUUGAUGCACAAACACAUAGACAUGUCUUUACUUUCACUGGGAUAUGGCAUCAGGUAUCAUGGGCAGGGGUAUACAAAAUAUCAUUAUUCAAUGGUAUCAGCUCCAAAAAGAAAGAUAUCACACUGCAAAAGGGAUUAUGUACUGGCUUGGUCACUCAAACAUUUCAGACUGCAAACUUUUGUUGUGUAAUCCAUGGAAAUGUCUCACUAUAUGAAAUAUGUUAUAUAUCAAAUAAAUUGGCAAAGACACAUGGAUGAUUUCAGCUGGGCCACUUUCUGGUGUGGCCAGGCCUUUAGUCAGUCCGCCUACUAGACAAUCAGAAAGUGACUAGUGACCACCUUCAGCUCUGUACCACCAACCACGGAGCUGCAAAAGGAGGUCCCAAUCUAGAGCUGACCACUCAGUGGGAACUCAUUGCUCCAAAUCAUCCAUGUCCUGAUUACUCUGGCAGCACUGCCACAGCUUAAACCUUUUCUCUUUACCACUUUUUUCUCCUCUGUGGCUGAAUGGAAGUCAAAUGGAGAGUGGCUGUAAAAGUGGCCGGAUAACAGACCCAAGUAAGAGGGUUCAGUGGUUCAUUGGAGUAGAUUGAUCACCGGUUAAGGACCGGCGCAGGAACCGCUUCUCUACCUUCUCCUACUGUAUAAAAAUACAGCCAAUAUAUCACAGGUAUAGUCGCUGCCGUCUUGGGCUGGUGAUGCCUGAGUCGACUAUAACAAAAUCUUACCCUUAUCCCAUUGUCUUGUCAAUCUCUGCUCUCAAACAUGACACUCACUGAACAAACAUCAUGUUAAAAAUACCUAAAAUGUCAGAAACUAUCU